CCCCCCCCCCGCCCCCGUCCGCCCCGCUCCGCCUCCCAAAAAUUUCCCCCCUUUUCCUCCGUCUCUCGCCACGCCCCCCACGCGAACGGCCCUAAAACCCUAGCCCCGAUCCUCCCCGCCCAUGGACUCCGAGGACGCCAAGCCCGCCUCCCCGCCCGCCGCGGCGGAUCCGCCGGCCGGCGACGCCGAGGUCGCCGCUGACCCCGAGCCCGCCGCCCCGGCGGACGGCAAGGAGGAGAGCACCCCGCAGCAGCCGGAGAAGAAGCGGGGCCGGAGGAAGAAGGGGGAGGCGCAGGCGGAGGCGGCGAAGAAGACGCCGCCGCCCAGGAAGUCCGGCCCAGCGGCGGAGCGCCCGUCCAGGGAGAGGAAGACGGUCGAGAGGUACUCGGAGCUCGCCCCGCGCGUCACGCCCGUCAAGAAGUCCCCCGCUAUUCUCCAGGGCUCUGGAACCAAGCUAAAAGACAUACCCAAUGUUUCCUUCAAACUAUCAAAGAGAAAGGCAGAUGAGAAUCUCCAAAGCCUUCAUGUUCUAAUGUAUGGGAAGAAAUCAAAUGUCCACUUUUUGAAGCGAAACAUAUCUCAAUUUUCUGGUUUUGUUUGGACGGAUAAUCAAGAAAAACACAGGACAAAAAUAAAGGAAAAGCUCGACAAAUUUAACAAGGAGAAGUUGCUAGACUUUUGUGACAUACUGGAUAUUUAUGUUGCAAAAGCAACUACAAAGAAGGAAGAAGUUUCUGCCAAAGUCUUGGAGUUUUUGGAGUCCCCUUUUGUUACUAGGGAUGUUGUUCUCACUGAUAGCAAGAAAGGGAAGAAACGUGGGAGGAAACCUAAGGGAAGUGGUGAGGCAGCUUCUGAAGGUGCUUCUGCAGAGAAGCAGAAAAGGAAAAGGAGCAAGAACCAAGCAGCUGAAGCUGGGAAAGAGAAUGAUGAUGAGGAAGAUGCUGGUCCUGCUGGUUCUAAAGAUGCAUCAACAGGAGAGGAAGGUGAUGAGGAAUCUGAAGCAAAUGAUCAUUCUGUGAGUGAUGAUGAACCUCCAGUAAAGAAAAAGUCAACAUAUGUAAAUCAAGUUAAGAAGGAAACUGGGUCCAAUGCAAAGGAAAAGGAUGCAUCACGAAAAAGGGUUUCUACGAAACCUGCAAAAGUUGCUUCAAAGCCUUCUCAAGACAUUAAAGAUGAGCCUGAUAUAGAAGUCAAAAAGGCUGGCAGGAGAGCAAAGAGUUCUAAGGAAAGUGAUGCUCCACAAGAUUCAAAUAAGGUGAACAAGGUCUCUAAAUCAAAAAAGGAUGAUGGAAAAGAAAGCCAAAACAAUAAGGUUGCUAAGCCAUCCAGUAAAAAUAAAGGUAAAGGCAAGGGUGGUGCAGAAGCUAAGCCUGUCCCAACUAUUGAACAGCUGCAUGCUGUUGUUACCAGAAUUUUGAAGGAAGUUGACUUCAACACGGCAACUUUGGCUGAUAUUCUCAGACAAUUAGGGACCCAUUUUGAAAUGGACCUCAUGGACAGAAAAGCAGAAGUGAAGUGCAUCAUUGAGGACGUAAUAAAUAAUAUGUCUGAUGAUGAUGCUGGUGAGGAAGACUCAGAAGAUGAUGCAGAAGACAAUGGUAAGGAAGAGAAGGCUAAGGGUGAUCCUGAUGGAGGUGAAAAAUAAGUGAUGCCAUGGAUUGGAUUUGCAUGCAUGGUCAGAUCUGUAUUAUGUCAGUGGUUUGGAUUGAUCUUGGAAGGACUAUCUUGUUGGUUCUGUAAAAUUGGGGCACCGCCACAACAAAUUGGUGACCUGGGUAGUACAAGAUUGUUAACCAUUUCACACAGCCAUAUACACCUAGUUGUUGUGCUUAACUAGGUAGUGACCUGUAGCCUAGUUGCUGGUCAUGUACAAUAGCUGUGGGUUUAAUAGCUUUGUUGCUUAGGUAGCUAGCCUGACUGUAAUAUGCACUAUAAUUCUUGGCUUGUUUCGUCCAUUUAUCCAUGUAAAACUCUGUAUCCUUCUGAGUCGUUCCUGUUUUUUGCAUUCCUUAAUUCCCUCACUCUGUCGAGGGUUUAGUCAUAAGCUUCUCUGAUGUGAGCGGUUUUGUUGAAUUGUUAUCACUGACCAAGUGUGUUAGGUUUCACCUCUCUUCA